AUCAUUUUCCCCGCCGGCUGCGAGUUGCACACUGCACUUUGUUGGUGCUGUCUUGUUUUAUAACUAGUUUUACAGCCUUAUUCUUAUUCAUCAAAGUUUAAAUAGCAAGUAAUUUUGGGGAGAUUACAAAUUUUUAUUGAAAUCUCCUGACUAAAGAAGAUUAUUUGAUAGAUUAUCCUUGAAAAGAAUCUAUUUAUCAAAAACAAAAAAUUAUAGAAAACUGACUUAUAUGAGCGGAUUCUAACUUCUGUACAAAAGUUUUUUUUUAUUCGAAACACCUGUUACAAGAACAUAAAGGCAGGCAGUCUGAGCGGCAGAGAACUUAUACUGGCAAGUUUUUGUAAUUUUCUGUUUUUAGUAAUAACUUCGGAAAAUUAAUAUGGGUUGUACGGGAAGUAAAGAGGCUGAUGAAAAGAAUAUUAACGAUAACGAACCUCAAGAUGAUCAAAUAAAAUCAGAGGAAGCCGGCAAACAGGAGAAAAUUGAUAAACCGGUAGAAGAAAUUUGUAACGAUUCAACUAAUGAGAAAGAAGAAAAACCUUCUGAGAAUGUUGAAGAAGAUGGAAAAGUAGAGAAACCUAAUCAAGCGCAGGAGGUGACCGUUAUACGGAACCCGGUUAACAAGGAUUCGCAAGGGGAAGAAGUAAGAAUAAAUGAUGCAAAAGGGUCGAAGACAGUAAUAUCGUUUGUCAGCGAAAAGGAGUUGAAGUCUACUAUAAGAGAGGAAGGAAACGAUGAGAGUAUUUGUAAGGAAACGAUUGUUCAUCAGGUUAUAAAAACUGAGGGAACAGCCAAAGGCGACGAUGAAGAUACAUUAGAAAAAAGGGUAACCAUCGAAACGGAUAAAACGAUUAAAGAAGGAGAUAAGGAAGAACAUAAGCAUUCUACUAGGAUAUUUGAUGGGGAGCAUGUAGAAGACGAAGAAAAUGAUAUUACCGAAAAGAACAAUAAAAUCGGUAUUAUCGUAACUCAAGCAACGGACGAUGAAGGCGUGGUCAGUAAAGGAGACGAGAAUGGUGGGUGAAACAAUAGCUGUAUGUUUAUAGAAGAACAGCGCUUUUUUUGUGCACUGUAUUCUAUUAACACGCUCUAAUACGCCAUCUAGUAAACUUUAAUGAACGAACCGAAAGUGAGAGAUUUCUAUUAAAUCAAUCUAUUCCCAAAAUUUUACGUCCUAUUCCCCCAAAUAUUUAUCUCUUUACCUCGUAGUCUUAUUGCCCAACCCUAAUUAAAAUUUACUACUAAUAAAGAGUAGCUUUUGCUUGAAUGAAAUUAGGCAUAUAUAAUCGUAUAUGUAUAAUUGUUAUAUUUUAAUUAAUUUGUCAACAAAGAAAGACCUAAUUUAAUUUUAAUUUAACUUUUAGGAAAGUUAAUUAAAAAAGUUGAAG